AUGAAUAAUGAAGUGUCUGUCAACAUGCCAUAUAAUGAAACUCCACAUAAUGGUAAACCUAUUAGUAUGAUGAAAAUCUCUCCGAAUGAACAUCUUCUUGUUACUUACAGUGAAGUUGAUAGAACAUUUUUCGUGUGGGAGGUUGAAAGUUUUAAAAAAGUAAUAGAAAGCAAACGUUUAGAAGUAAAUCAAACAUUUAUAACUUGCAAGAAUAUAGAGAGUAAUAUUGUCGAUAUGUGUAUCUCUGAUAAAAAGAUACUUGUGUAUAUUGAUGAUGAAUAUGAAAUCA